CCGCAAGAGCAAAACCAAUUACAAGCGGUAGUCAAACUGACUCGAUAAAAGAACAGUCAGUGCUUUUUGGAGUUCCAGAAAAAGAGACGAUGUUGUGGCCGGGCUGACAUCAAUGUUGCUCCCCGGCGCCAGAAAGCACGUCAAUGGCUUGUACAACGUAGUACAAGCAGCAGACGGCCACGCCGCCGGGUGCCCGUCUCUAUUAUUUACUAGCUUUCUUGUUGAAGACCAAUAGGGGACGUAGGCCGGAUCAUCCCCCUCAAGGUAAGAUCACCCCCCUCAAGUUUCCAAGAUCACCCCCCUCAAGUUUCCAAGAUCACCCCCCUAAAGGGCAUAGGGUUUAGGUUUGGGCUAGGGUUUAGGGUUUAGGGUUUCGGCGGUGUCGUCUGGGCCAGCCGUCGCGACGGCGCCGUCGCGACGGCUGGCCCAGACGAUUCCCCUUUGCCCCUUCCUGUUCCGGGCCGGAGGCACGCGCCGCCGGCCUUGCCGCCCUCGCGCCCCUCUCUGUUCUUUGCCCCCCCUUUCCCCCUUCGUUGGUUUGCCGUGACCCCGCCCGGGGGGGCUCGCUCACUGUGCCGCCUUUGUUGCCUCAGGGGGCGAGGCGCUAGGCGCUCCCGGGCUUCCUCGGGUGGCUGCCCGCCUGUAGCACAUCUUGGCCCAGGAAACCUCUGGGAAGGCCUUCCAGCAAAUACCAACGCCGCCCCGCCCUGCCCCCGGUCUGCCUGCCGCCGGCCCGCCUGCCCUUGUCCCCCCCCGUAGCCUGGCUGCCUGCCCCCGGCCUCGCUCGUUGCCCCCUACCUUCCUGCCCCCGGCCCACCCCCUGGCCCCCCUAACCCCCCCUGCAUCUUGAGGGGGGUGAUCCUUGGGGGGAUGAUCCUGCCUAUGUCCACCAAUAGGGCUUGUUGGGACCACCACCACCCGCGAGGUCGUGGACUACUCCUGCUGCACAAUCCUUCUACAAGAACUUUUUGUUCCUCGCCUCAAGCAGCACCGGUCGGAGGAUAAUCCGCAGCGCCAUCAUGUUUUUACUGCACCAGCAGCAGCUUCCCCCGGAGCCGGACGGGAAGCAGGCUCCGGAUAAAGCGGUCCCACGAGAAGAUUCGUGCGGACGGUGGACAGCACCAGGAUUUUUCCCCCGGAACAAUGCAUCGCGGUCCUUGUUUUGCCGUAGACGCACCAUGAGUGAUCAGAAGACCACUCGGAAAAAUUCUAAAAAUGCAGCUUCUGUAGGUGCAACAGCAGGAGCUUCUGCGGGGUCUAGAAAAUCUCUCCAGCUUCUACUUCAAAUGCUCGCCCGCCGUCCUAUGAAGAUCAUGUCGACGUGCUGGUCGUGCUGGAGUAUUUACAAGGUCGUGCUGGACGUUACCUUCUCUGACUCUGUCCAACCUGCUCCGGGCGCAGCAUUCGCUCUGCAAGUCGUGAACCGUGUUGACCAGCAUCAGGCCUCCUCGCUGUUGAAGACCUCCCAUCACCAUGCAGAAAAAAACGACAAAAAAGAGAAAAUCCGUGCUGCUUCAGCUUCCGGAGUAAAGAACGGGAUCAAGAAGAACGUGAAGGGCAAGAAAGUUGUGAAUGAGCAGAGCACCUCGACGAACGAAAUUGAAGUCAGCAAAAAAAGCACGACCGACGCUGAUCAACAUAGCACUAAGACGAGUUCCGUAUCCAGCCUUCCACAGAAAGACAAAAAAGUUGAGGGUGGUUCCAUGUUCUUCACUUACAAAAACACCGGCCCGGGGUCGCUCGACCACGAUACCGUCUUCCAGUACGUGGAAAAUCCUAUGAACUGCAAAAGUAUCGUAUUCGUAUGAAUGCAUGACAAAUUCCCUCAGCAUGAAAAAUAAGAUUUGUAAUGCUGUUUUGCCUUGAGAAAAAAUAAAAAAUUUGUAAUGCAUGAUUGCAAUACGAGUGCGAUACUUUUGCACAGGAUAAAUCCGAACUGGGACCUGAAGCCCGAAUCCGGCGGGCCCUUGCGCUACACCUCCAGCGAUGUGUAUCUAAUGCAAAUAUGUCUGGGUCUGGAAGCUUGUGAUGCUGGUUUGGGAUUGUUGGAAGCGCUGCAACACGCAGCCAAGCAUGACAAGUUCUUGAGCUCCUGCUCCGUGUUUCGCUUUCUACAUGGCAAACUGCGUUUUUGCAUGACAGGCGAGAGACUCUCCUCAGGCUUAUGCAUCACAAAGUUCUUAGGAGUCAUGAGAGACAAGCAUGACAAACUUACACUCUUCCAGACCCUGACAAAUUUGCACUGGAUAACGUGGACCCGAGCGCAAUUCCGGGCGUCCCGGACACGAACUUUGUGGGGAUGAAGCAGAUCCCCUGGGCCAAAUCCGAUACCAACCGGGAGUCCACGUGGCGCCGCAUUCCGCUCAAGGAAAAGCCGUUUUCGGAUCCGAACACGAACAACGACGAGCCGGCGCCGUACGACAAGAUGUAUUACGAAAACAAACCCGACGUGCCUGCCUGCCCCCUGAACCGGCAGGCCGCCUUUACACUGCAGAGCGCAGACCCGGCCCGGGACUUUUACCUCCAGGUACAGUGGGGCCCGGAAACCAAAAGCAAGAACGAGGACAAGAACGACCUGUGUCGCACGGUGGCCUACUAUCCGACUGCACAAAGCCGACGACAAAACCAAAAGCCCCCUGCUCCCCUCAUGAUCUGUCAUGCAAAUAAAUAGCAAGUGCUGUAUGCUGUGUUGAUCUUGAAGCUGUGUGGUUUUCACGACAUGAUCAACCCGCGAGGUCGAGCGCCACAUUAGUUUCAGUAUACUGGUGCAGUCACUGCCUGAACUUGUGAUGUCGAUGCACCAUCAUUUUCGCUGCCGGGUCCGCUGCUGGUCCUCCUGCUUACUUGCUGCGAAAAUUGAGGGGGACGACGAGGGGGAGUUGUACUAGUUGUGCACUCUGAUACCUACCGGGGUGACAUCGCGACCGAACUCGAAGUGGACCAACAGCGGGCCACCAUCGUCAAGCGUGUCUGCGUAUCAAAUGCAAAUGUGUCUAGGUCUGGAAGAAUGGAAUGCGCAUUUGCAUGACCCACGAGGGCUGGAAUGCAGGCCCUAGCAUAACAGAUUCUGUGCGAUCUCUAUUAUGCCUACCCUGCAUGAGAAACUCCCUCCCAACUUGGUCAAAAGUGGACAACUUUUGGCAACCAUGCAACACAGAUUUUUUCACAGUCCAAACUUAGCAUGACAAGUUGCAUCCUUCCUUCCAGACCCAGACAUUUUUGCAGUGCAUACUGCGACGUCAAAAUUUUGCGCGACACGACAAGGCAGGACCUGCCCCACUGGUACUCCAACUCCAGCGACGCGGAUGUGGCGUAUAGAUUGCAAAAGCUGCAUCGUACUUGCUAGUAGUACUAAGUGCAUUUUCACAAACUAGCUCAGCAUGACAAGUGGAGUUCGAAUUUCUCAUGCUGGUUUACCUUGAACAUGAACAGGAGGUUUGUCAUGCAUGACUACUUGCGGUAAUUACUACGAGCACGAUACACGAUACAACUUUUGCAAACGAUAUGGCCCACCCCGACGCAACGCCGUUUUUCAUCAAGCACACGAUGGAACGCACGGAGCAUAUGGCGUUCUCAAAUGUUACACUCUCAACUGUUACAUGAUUUGCCAUGCAAGACUAUCUUCAGAAUCGACACCAUCACGCUGCUUCGCAUGACAAAUUAUCAGAGGGCCAAACAGGCUGCUAAUCUGUGCCAAAUCUGUCAUGCCAGACGCGCAAGGUCGCCUCGUUCACUCUUUCCAUUCUUGCAUCACAAAUUCAUGUAUUUAAUAACACUUGAGAGUGUAACAGUUGAGGACGCCAUAGAGCAGCUGGACUGCAUGGAGCCCGGGGUGGUCCUGAACACAAACCCGCCCGACUACGGCUGCGCCAACCGGACGGCGAAAUGGGUCCAGCUGGAGGUUGCCGAGGGCGACACGUACGAUCUGACCUACGAAGGACCGUCGCACACCGGGUGGUGUCUCGGUACGGAGAUCUUCACGAACAGUUCGCGGCCGCUGGAACCGCCCGAGGAAUAUUUGGUAGUGUACAACAACUUAUGGAUUGGAAAAGUAUCGUACUAAUGUAAAUUGCAUAUACAAAUUUCCCCAGCAUGAGAAACAUAAUUUGUAAUGCGGAUUCACCUUGAAAAAAAGAUUUGUAAUGCAUAACUUCGAUUACUACGAGUACGAUACUCUUGCACAGGAUACAACUACUGCGACUACCGCACCUCGCAGUGGUUCGAACUGGUGCACUAUCCGAAUUCGCCGGACAUUUACACGCUGCGCCUGCGAUACACCGAUACCCCGCCAGUGCGACCCUGUAUAUUUCAUCAUGUAGAACAUCAUGAACUCUCCUAGCUUCUUUACUUUGUUUGUGUUGCUGUAGCUACUAGAAAAGUUGUUUUCGUCAUACGCAUUUCACGAUCAGAAAAAAUUGUAGUUCCACCUCAAUGCUGCACAGCUCCUUUCGACAGCGACAACCGACAGUCUGACACGGGACAAGUGGACGACCAAAUGUGGUAUAAGGGCGACCUAUCCUGCGUGAAAAGAUCCACUCCGUCAUUGCUCUACCCAGCAGAUGGAGGUUUCGCAUGAGUCCCUAUUAAAAGCGAGUGCACGUGGUCCACGUCUACUCCAUCUGCAUGUAGUUCUAACUGUAAGCCGCGUUGUCUUGUUCGUCUCAGCUUGUCACAUGCAGACGAGAUGCAAGGUAGAGUUAGUUACUGGAUUGAGAUCACAAGCUAGUAAGUCCUAUUGCUAAAACUGCUGUGCAACUACAGCACAAUCGGAAACCUACUGGGGAGCGGGAGUAAAAGAAACCGCCUGCCGAAGCGAGUUGGGCGCGUGUGUGUUUUUGUGAUCGGGCCCAUGUGCUGAGCCGGUUCCUUACGUGGAACACCCUUCGGCCCUGCUUUCGUAUUUCCUCGCCCGGGCCCGGGGGCCGACGGACCAGGCAGGUAGACAAACUCCACCGCCUUCGUGCGGGUACGUGUGGCCGUCCUUUUGUUGGGAGCAGAAUGCGCGCGCCCCCGCGGCGCACAAAACGCGGCGGCGCCGCAAUCGGCCUUAGUUACGCUUCCGGGGAAGCAUGCACACACACCAAGCCCGUAACCGGGGCAGCGGCGCAUGCAAGAAAGUUACCUGGGAAAAGCCUGGAAUGGGUAUCGGUGUGCAGCCCGAACGCCACACCCUCGCGCCCUUCCAGAUGUUCUGGGGCGCGUUUUCUUUGAAGGGCCGCCGCCCCGUUUUCUGCGAAAUCGAAAGACACGGCAGAAGCUUCCGGCCCAUCGAGGGGGGGUUAUUGGUGGGGGUCUCGGGACCCCCCUUUGGCGGACCGUACCGUGGGGGCUGCAAAAAAGCUAGGUCUUGCUGGGCGUUGGUAUAGAGGGGGGGUCUGAGGACCCCCUCAGACCCCCUGCCGAGGCCCCCUGGGGUGGCCGAGAAAAUCGCCAGGUGUAUGCGUGGAGGCUCGGCGGCAAUUGGAUGCUGAAUGGGAACGCGACCUGCUUCCAUCAAAGCGGCGGAGCAAUUCGCGUCCCUACCAGAAAGCGGCAGCGCACACCCACGGGCAAUUUUUUCUGGCCGGCUAAUGGCGGGGCGCGCUCUUUGAGGCCGCGCAAAAUAACAGCGGGCGGCCUAUGGGUCCGCUUGCGCCCGCAUUGGGGAGAAGCGAGAGCGAGUCGCGCCUAGCAGUGAGCAGGCCUGUGUUGAGCGGCCCACUGGAACAGCAGUGGCGUAGUAGACAAAAAACCUGGCCGCCGCCUUUCACAGCUCCGGCGCCCUCCGCAGGGCGCGAGGAGCGGCACAGCGACAAGGGUUGUCAGUCGGGACCACAAACCAGCGCGCCGCACCGCAGCCGUAAAUUGGCCAGCCCUCCAGCGAUUCGGAAGCACGCGCCCGCACGUCAGUGAAAGCGAAGCGCGGCGCGCGCGAUGGCCCAGAAGGGGCUAUCGUUGCCAUUGCGAAAGAAGCGCCCUGGCGCACGAUAAUUAUGCCUCCGCCCCCAGUGGUCUUGCUUGUUGUGCCUUUUUCCUUUGGGGCAUGGCGUUGAGGGGCAAUGCCGGUCGACAGGCUGGAGUCAUGCUUUACACAGGGCACGUUGCCGAUGCACCGGGCCAACAUGGUAGAGCCUGCGCACGGACUUUUAGAAGCUAGGCAACAUUUUUGAAAGUAGUUUAAGAUUUAAUCGUUGGGCGUGUUAUAAAUCGGAAACCUACUGGGGAGCGGGAGUAAAAGACCUUGUCACGCGUGAUACGACGGAAAGGGCUUUUGGUUGCGGCGGCGGGGGAAUCCCACUCUAUCCUGUGCAAAAGUAUCGUACUCGUAUAAAUGCAAGUCUUGCAUUUACAACAAAUCUAUCGCCCAAGGCAAAUCUGCAUUACAAAUUUUAUUUCUCAUGCUAAAUUUGUAAUGCAUUUAUACGAGUGCGAUACUUUUGCAACUCAUACACUUUGGCGGACUACAAUUCGGACCAGUUUCGUUUGCGUCUCUUCGACACCAACUGCACCAUGCCCAACUUUGACGCGAAAAAUGACACGGCAUAUUACUAGAGAAGCAGGAGGUGAAAUGAGCACAUUAACAUUGAUGAUGGAUAUAGUUAGACUUAGAAUAUCUACUACGACCUAAGUAUUACCAUGCUGCACUAGCAGUCCUGCGCUGGCACAGCAGCACACUGAUGAUUUUUUUUCAACAGCGACCUGUUCGUGAGAAUACAGAAAACGGAUAAAAGUAACCAAGUUUUUGUAGAAUUUAGCCAGGAGAACAAGCUUUGUUUCAGCUGCUAUCAUGACAACGCGAAGGAAAACAGAGCAUAUAGCGUCGCGAUCGUCCAGAUUUUGGGUAUUUCGAAAUGAAGAUUGAAGCGAACAACAGCUAAGGAAAUGAAAACACUGUACAAAUACAAAAUAAGUGGAUGAAGAAGCUGGAGAUGAAAUAUCGAUAGCGAAGAACAGGCUCUGAUGGCCGCGACAGGUCGUCUCGACUGAUGUGGACGACGGUCAGAUGCAGCUGGUUGUUGGCCUACUAGUUAGCGCGGAUGGAGGUCGUGUUGGUUCAUUCUGCGUUUCGUUUUUGAAGAAGAAGCACCAGACAGAGCUGCAAAGAAAAAAUUAUGAGAC